AUGGCGUCUUCGUCCGCUCAGACGACUCCGGCGCACUCCCACCCGCUCUCUCAGGACGAAGUACCAUCGCGCGGACGCAGGUCGCGGGGCAAGCCGAGUGAAGAAAGCCCGCAGCAAACCCGGCCUCAGACCGAGUACCUCACUCUCAAGGCGAAGCUGGACUCUGCGCACGAAGACCAGACUCGCAACUCGCGCGGGAACUGGGACGGGAGUGUGCGCGGAUACGGGAAGAGUAGUCGCAGGUCCGCCAAGCUCCCUCCUUUGAUAGUUGUCGAGCCUUCGAAUGACGACUUGGCCUCCCCGGUUGGACCCAAGUACGAGAUCCUUACCGAUGCCGACUCGUUCCGCUUCCCUCCCCCGGUCACUUCCAAGAUAAUCUCCACCCGUUGGCACCAGUUUACGGACGCCGCAGUGCGGUCUGCUGUAUCCGACAUCACCAAGGCCUUCACAGACACAACAGCGAACGACCCAUGUUUUGCCAUCCUACGCGUUCUAUCCACUGCCGUCCACAAUCUCACACGUGCUCGCCACGAGCUAGAGGAAAGCCGCCGGGAACUGCAAGAGAAGGAGGCUGCGCGCAGGGAACGAGCGAUGCGGCUGCUAGAAGAACUUCAACCCUCCGACAAAGACAUCGCGAAUCGUGUCUUUCAGUCGCUAUUCCCGGAUGACGAUGAGUCAAACCAUCAUGUACACCGGAUACAGAAGCAACAGAGCUUGAUGUCUCUCGCCGAAUCGCUCACGGAGGCGAUCGAGGAUGAAACACCUAUUUCACGCAGUGUCCCCAAAGAUGAUGCGACCCCGAUGGCAGCAAAUCUUUCGGUCCCGGUUCAACCGCAGCUCUCUCCAGUAACCGCGACAUCACACACAAUACCCCAUACCCCUCCGCAGAACGUCAGCUCGAGCGUCGAACCCUCCCCUGCAACGCCCGAAGUGGACUUGACAGAUACACGAUCUAAUCCGGACACCGUAUCGGUCGCGAGCGUGGACACCAAUGGAGAAGUGAAGAGCGAACGGCCGGGAAUAGGGGAGUGGAUGGGUACUUGGUGGAUGAAGCCUCGGAGCAAGAGUCGAGCCCCUCAUGUUCCCUUCCCAAACGACGACAGUACACAGUCAUCCCAGAAGGAUGAUGCCGCUGCUGAUGUUCCUUCCGUUCCGCCUCUGCCACCUCUGCCACCUCUGCCACCUGCACCUAGCCGACCAAACACUACCAAACGAAAGCCUACGCGGAGUGUCUUUGGGACCCUCGGCUUCUCCAUUCUCAACCCUUCGUCUUCGUCUGCCCUUGCUGGGAAGAAACGCCGUAACAUGUCCGUCACUGACACGUCUAGUGUAGAAGCCAUCCGGCGCGAUACCCUUUCGGUCAAGUCUGUGCGACCUUCGCCCUCAACCAGUCCCCUUCUCACCCCCACCGUACUUGCAACCGAUCCGUUUGCGACUCUAUCAUCGUCUAUUGCGAUGUCUCCCCCCGCAAGCAUUGCGGCAGCAGACCAGAAACCCCCUCAAGGCUCAUCCCUGCGGGCCAUCGUUCAAGCUACGCGUGUGAUGACAACCGGUCCAACAAGCAUUCUCAUCGACCAAGGACGCGAGACUAGUCCCAAGAUCGCAGAGAUGGCGUUCGAGCUCGUGCGCAGUGCGCGUGAGAGUGGCCUCGACUUCCGAGAACUGCCGAAAGAGCGGAGGGAACGGAAGCCAACCAGCGACAAGCGCGACCUGCGAGCACAGCCUUCUGCGGACAACGAUGCCACCCCCACCCCAUCACGGAUUCUAUCCACUGCACAGGAUGGUCGUCCGCGCCCGAAGAGUCGGAAGCCCAGUGUCAACCUUGCCGCCUUCGCCUCACCUUUGUUUGGCUCGUUUGCUAUCCAGCAGCAGAAGAGAGCGCUCGGUCCCAACGACGGGCAAUCCACCCCCUCUGGUGACGGCAUCCAGAGUGGCCUCCAGUCCCCACUCCCUGUCACGACGAAGAAACCCGGGUCGGUCCCGCUCGAAUCUAUCAUCCCUUCAGAGGCGAAGCCGCCGACGCAGUACUUGUCGCGGCAGUACACGCCACUGACCGCACGCGACUUCCACUUCUCCAUCCCGCUUCCCGAAGACGAGGACACGCUCGCGGAACACGGGGAGAGCCACGAAGGCUUGACGGACCGGUUCGGAUUCAUCUACGACGUCGCGCGUUACGACGCACUGCUGCUGCUGCGUGCGAAGGAGUGCAAGAACACCGCGCCUGCCUGCCUGACCGGCAUAAAGGUCGCAGACCGCAAGGAGGACAACAGUUGGCCGGAGGACGAGGAGGACGUCGCAGCGCACACGAUCGACAUCGUCAAGGAGCCUUGCGACUGCGACGGGGACACGGACGUCGCGGCGGACACCGCGAGUGUCAACUCGGCGAGCACACGCCCAACCGUGCGCAGCGUCCCAGGUGCGGGCGAGUCCGCGUCGCUCUCGUCGCGCUCGCGCCCGGCGUCGCCCGCGUCGUCACGGCGCACGCGGCAGACAUCGACGCUCCCGACCAGCACCCCGGCGCACAAGUCGUCGUCGUCGGUGCUCUCCGUCGACUCGGACACGCCGCGGCACGUGUGCGUGAACAUGGUCCGGCGGCUCCUCGUGCAGCUCACGGACAUCCACGACCAGCGCCAGGCGGAGCGGCGCAAGGAGUGGGACGUCUUCCUCAAGAACCGGAGCAAGGCUGCGCCAAGCAAGUCCGGCGCGUCCGGCGGCGGGGCGCGCGCGGCCGGCGUCGGUGGGGCCCUCGGCGGGGCCGCGCAGCUGCUCGGGCUCGGGACCGCGGACGAGGCGGAGGAGCUGGACCACAGCGAGGGCCUGAUCGGCUUCGCGCAGUUCGGGCUGUCGUCGAGCAAGGACGAGAAGCGCGAGUUCGACCGGCUGGUGCGGCUCGGCAUCCCGCUCGCGUACCGAGCCAAGGCGUGGCUCGAGUGCUCGGGCGCGCUCGAGAUGCGCGAGCCGGGCGGGUUUGCGGACCUGCUCGCGGAGUGCGACCCGGGGAGCGCGGUGGUGAAGGAGAUCGAAAAGGACGUGUGUCGGACGAUGCCGCUCAACAUCUUCUUCGGCCGGACGGGCGCGGGCGUCGAGAAGCUGCGGAGGGUGCUGAUGGCGUACAGCAGGCGGAACCCGGCGGUAGGGUACUGCCAGGGGAUGAACCUCGUCACCUCGACGCUGCUCCUCAUCCACGCCGAUCAGGAAGAGGCGUUCUGGGUGCUGGCCGCCGUGAUCGAGCACAUCCUCCCCGAAGAUUUCUUCUCGCCGUCCCUCCUGAGCUCGCGCGCGUGUCCGCUCGUGCUCCUCGACUACGUCCAAGAGCUGAUGCCCAAGCUGCACACGCAUCUCACGGAGCUCGGCGUCGACCUCGGCGCGAUCUGUUUCUCCUGGUUCCUGUCGCUGUUCACCGACUGCCUGCCGGUCGAGACCCUCUUCCGUGUGUGGGACGUGUUCAUGGUGGAGGGCGUGGACGUCCUGUUCCGGAUCGCGUUCGCCAUCCUCCGCACGAACGAGGAGGAGCUGCUGCGGUGCAGCUCCAUCCCGGCCGUGUACGUCGCGCUCGAGAGCCUGCCGAACCGCAUGUGGGAGGCAGAUCGACUCUUGCAGGCGGAGACAGAGCUGCGGAGCAGCAUAGUGCACGCGGACAUUGUGAAGCGUCGCGAGACGCACAUCGCGCAGCUGCGCGAGUUCAUGGCGUAG